UUUUCCAGUUUUUUCUAAAGUAAAAGAGAAUACUCGAAAUAUAAUAAUAUAUAAAAGCUUGUCCAACUAUUCUCCGAGAAUUGAGAGAAUCGAACGUUCACGUUUUCCUUGAGGAAGCUAGCGAUGGGAAAUCCCGGCGAUACGCAGAUGAAGUUAGCCACCGGCGAAGGCGGUUACGUCCUCGAAGAUGUUCCUCACCUCACCGACUACCUCCCUGAUCUUCCUAGCUAUCCGAAUCCUUUACAAGACAAUCCAGCUUAUUCAGCUGUCAAGCAGUAUUUUGUUAAUGACGAUGAUACCGUCACUCAGAAGAUUGUUGUUCACAAGGACAGUCCAAGAGGGGUGCAUUUUCGACGUGCAGGACCUCGCCAGAGGGUGUAUUUUGAAUCAGAUGAAGUGCAUGCAUGCAUUGUAACAUGUGGUGGUCUAUGCCCCGGGCUCAACACAGUGAUCAGAGAAAUUGUGUGUGGCCUCUGUCACAUGUAUGGUGUUAAAAAGAUUCUUGGAAUAGAUGGAGGAUACAGGGGUUUUUAUUCAAAGAACACUGUCACCCUAACUCCCAAAGUUGUCAAUGAUAUCCAUAAACGUGGUGGUACAGUCCUUGGGACAUCAAGAGGUGGUCAUGACACCUCAAAGAUUGUCGACAGCAUUCAGGAUCGCGGAAUCAAUCAGGUUUAUAUACUCGGAGGUGACGGGACACAAAGAGGAGCAGCAGUGAUUUUUGAGGAAAUUAGGCGACGUGGCCUCAAAGUAGCUGUUGCUGGAAUCCCAAAGACCAUUGACAAUGACAUUCCGGUUAUUGACAAAUCAUUUGGUUUUGAUACUGCGGUUGAGGAGGCUCAACGUGCCAUUAAUGCUGCACAUGUUGAAUCCCUAAGUAUUGAGAAUGGCAUUGGACUUGUAAAGCUAAUGGGACGCUAUAGUGGUUUCAUUGCAAUGUAUGCUACACUAGCCAGCCGAGAUGUUGACUGUUGCUUGAUUCCAGAGUCACCAUUCUAUCUUGAAGGAAGUGGCGGACUUUAUGAAUAUAUUGAGAAACGACUCAAAGAAAAUGGACAUAUGGUUAUUGUGAUCGCUGAAGGAGCAGGACAGGAUCUUGUUUCAGAGAGCUUGCAGUCCAUGGACCAGCAAGAUGCUUCAGGAAACAAGCUUCUUCAAGAUGUUGGACUGUGGAUCUCUCACGGGAUAAAGGAUCAUUUUGCGAAAAAGAAGAUGCCCAUUAAUCUUAAAUAUAUAGAUCCUACAUACAUGAUCCGGGCUAUUCCUAGCAUUGCUUCCGAUAACGUCUACUGCACCCUACUUGCUCAUAGUGCAGUUCAUGGAGCAAUGGCUGGGUAUACAGGCUUCACUGUUGGUCCCGUCAAUGGCAGACAUGCUUACAUUCCAUUUAAUCGUAUCACCGAGAAGCAGAACAAGGUUGUGAUUACAGACAGGAUGUGGGCAAGGCUGCUCUCUUCGACUAACCAGCCAAGCUUCUUGAACCCCAAAGACAUUGCUGAAGCCAAGGAAGAGAAACAACCUGCAACUGGCUUGUUGGAUGGGGAAAAUUGCAAAGACAAAAAGUCAAAUACCGAAGAAGAUCCUUGCAUGGUUUGAAAGUUCCCUCCCACUUUUUUAUGGUCACUCGGAAUUAGCACUCUUUAUCAUCCUUAAAUAAUCAGUUAAAUAGUAACUCGGGCUGCGUGGAUUACUAAAUAGUUAGAAAUUUUGGUGGAGGUGGAUAUUAACAUUAAGAAGUUCAUGGUCUGCUUACAUGUGUUUUGAAAUGUAUGAUCAGCUAAUCCAGGCUGCCAUGGAACUGAAAGUACUGAUCAACCUUGCAUUGCAUCAUUUUUGUCUUUCAUGUUCCUUUGUGUUAUGUUAUUUCUGUAUGCCGUAAGAGAAGAUAACUAAUGGUUAUAUCACUAUUCCAGGUUAGAA